AUGGGUAUGUGGGAUAAUUAUGCUUUUAGACCCCCACCCGCGCUCACCGCCUCGAAUGGAUGCAAGCUUCAAUCCGGAGUUGCAUCGGUUCUUAUGGCUGAAGGAUUGGCGGUAAGGGAAGCUCUCUGCCACGCUCUCCACAUCGGUAUCUCAAAAAUCUGGCUUCGAUCAGAUUGUUUGUCGCUGAUCAACGCGAUAAGUUCGGUUACAAAGCUGAUGGAUCUCUACGGAGUCCUCUCGGACAUUGAACGCCUCUCUGUUUCUUUUGAUUUCUGCGUUUUUUCUUUUGUUGCUAGAGAAGAAAAUGGGCCAGCGGACAGUUUGUCCAAAGCCUGCUUGUAUCACGCUGUUACUUCUUAG